AUGGAGGAGCCUUCAGGUGUCUCGAUAUCGAACCCGCUUCCGCAUCGAGUGCGGAAGAUGCGCAAGGGGACCCGAAGUUGCACCGAGUGCCGACGACGCAAAACUCGCUGUGUGUAUCCCCCCGGCGACCCUGUGUGCGUCUUGUGCAAAUCUCGUGACGGCCGUUGCAUUGAGCAGGGCUACGAGGAAGUCGGCAUUUCAGAGUCGAAGCCGAGUGUGCCGCGGAAACAGCCUGCCAAUGGGAAGGCAUCUCAAGGCCGAAAUGGGACAUCCGCGGACCAGCCUCCCAAAUUCACGUGCAGUGGAGAUGCUGAGACGUCAGAUGUCCUUGCGACAGAGAGGGCAGACUAUGCGCCAAUCGUGUCUCUGCUUGUGGAUGCCAAGCUCUCGGCAUCAGGGGAAAACGGGGAGAGCGGCUCUCCUACACUGCAGACAACCUAUGGCAGCUCAACAUUCAACCAGCUUUUAGACAGAGAGCAGAAGAUGUACCCUCCGUUUCUGCUACCGUUUGAAAGCAAAUCUGCAUACGUGUGCUCAACUCUACGCUCAAUGCUACCAAGCUAUGACGCCAUCAUGUCUGUUCUUACCAAACAUGGGUCGUGGUGGGACAGCUUCCGCUCAAAGGCAUAUGCUAUUUCUGAAGCCCCUUCUCAAACGAUAGAGGCCUUUGCCAAGCGAACAUAUACGAGCAGCAACCCAGCCGACAUUGGCGCUCUUGCAAUUGCAUUUGCCCGUAGCUUGAAUAAGCAUCGCCAUCUAUAUACUCUGGUGGACGAUCUUAUCAUCUCAGACAUCAACUAUACGGCAACCAUAGAGGGCCUAGAAUGCCUUAUACUGCUUGCAAAAUCGUAUACGGAUUGCGGUCAGCCCAAGAGAGCUUGGCUUGUAUGGAGAAAAGGUGCUUCUGCAACGCAGCUGAUGGGGUUAUGCUGUGGGAAAAACUACUCCAGGACGGAGUUGAGACUGUGGUGUGCCGUUUACCACGGCGAUAGAUUCUGCAGUAUGCUCCUUGGCUUACCUUACGUGCUGAACGACAACCAUUACCAGUCUGUUCUCACAGCGGCUGGAAUGGGUCAAGGAUUUUACUUCGUCCUUGGAUGCGCCAUUAUCAGUGGAAAGAUCAUUGACCGCAAUAUGACUGACGGAAAGCCUUCCUUUGCGAAGGCGAUGGAGCUAGAUGAAGAGCUCUCGUCCGUCGCGUCGACACAGCCAGAAGAAUGGUGGUCUGUUCCAGAAAGCAUGGAUAAUUUCCAUUUACAUGGAGUAGAACUGAGCGAAUUCAGAGAGCUGCUGUUGCAACAAUUCUACUUCUUCUGGGUCAAGCUGUUCCUUCACCUACCCUUCUUAGUAGAGCCGACAGCGAGCUCCCCUCACUACUUUAGCAGAACGGCCUGCAUCGAAGCGGCCAAGCAGAUUUUAAGGAGAUAUCGACUCUUGCGCUGCAAAAACAAGUCGGGCUGUUGCUUGUUCGAAUGCAAGACAACGGAUUUCGCGUGCUUUACUGCCGCCGUUGUUCUUCUUAUCAGCACCUUCCACUGCAGCGCAGGAGGUCACUCGUCCAGUGUAGAUGAAGAUUUGGAGCUGGUGGCCACUACCGACAGACUCUUGCAUGGAGAAGAGGUUCAAAACAACUGCAAAGUUGCAGCGCAGUGUCGAAAAGUGCUUCAAAUGCUGAGCCUCAACGAUCCCGAGACGGCGGACGAAAGUCGGGAAGUGGUGAUACCGUACUUCGGAGCAGUCAUCCGCAAGCGGUCUCGCCGCACGGAUCUUCGACAUCUGUCUCAGCCGGUCGGACAUGACCUCGACGAAACAGACGUGCCUCCUCCGCCUCCUUACAAUUCCACGGAUCAGACAGUGAACAACCCCGUUGUAGAGAAUCCAUGGAGCCUGGACGGGUUUUCGCUGGAAUAUAUCAGCCAUCGCGGAUUUGACCGGGGUCACUUCGGCGGGUUUGCAGCGGCGGAAGAAGUGGCAUCCACUCAGGACGAGUCAGCAUCCUAUCUGGCCUCGGCAGCGAUGGAAUGGGACCCUGGCUGGAGCGUCCUCACUGAUAUGAGCAACGACCUGAUGACGGGCAUUGAAGAGCUUUCUCCAGAAGACUUUGACUUCUAG